AACCUCGGACGAUGGCCUGGGGUCUGAAUCUCGGGGCGGGACACAGGCGAAGGUACAGCCCUCCCCUUUUCCUCGCGACUCUGGGAAGGUCACGGCGGGCGGGCGAGGCGCGCUCCUGUAGCGGGGCCUCACUGGCCACCCGGUCCCCACCUGAAACCCCGCCUGCCACUCCGCCUCAGCCGACCCAAUCAACGCCCAACAUGACCGGGGGAGGCGGGGCUUAUGCAAAUCGUGUCGCCUUUGAGAGACACAGAGUGAUACAAGAGCUGGGAGGCGGCUUCGGCGCGGACCUUGGAGAACCUGGAGGCCGGCCCGCAAGCGCGUCUCGGUCCCCGCGACCCGCGGAGGCUCAGAGUCAUCCAGCGACCCGGCGAGCGGCCUCAGGCCCUGCCAUGGGGAAGACCAACAGCAAGCUGGCCCCAGAGGUGCUGGAAGACCUGGUUCAGAACACCGAGUUCAGUGAGCAGGAGCUGAAGCAGUGGUACAAGGGCUUCCUGAAGGACUGCCCCAGCGGCAUCCUCAACCUGGAGGAGUUCCAGCAGCUCUACAUCAAGUUCUUCCCCUACGGCGACGCCUCCAAGUUCGCGCAGCACGCUUUCCGCACCUUCGACAAGAAUGGCGACGGCACCAUCGACUUUCGGGAGUUCAUUUGCGCCCUUUCGGUCACCUCCCGCGGCAGCUUCGAGCAGAAACUCAACUGGGCCUUUGAAAUGUACGACCUGGACGGUGACGGGCGCAUCACGCGUCUCGAGAUGCUGGAGAUCAUUGAGGCUAUUUACAAGAUGGUGGGCACUGUGAUCAUGAUGCGCAUGAACCAGGAUGGGCUCACGCCCCAGCAGCGUGUGGACAAGAUCUUCAAGAAGAUGGAUCAGGAUAAGGAUGAUCAGAUUACUCUGGAGGAGUUCAAGGAGGCGGCCAAGAGUGACCCGUCUAUUGUGCUGCUGCUGCAAUGUGACAUGCAGAAGUAGAGGCGGGUGAGGGGCAGGGCCCCUGGCCAGGAGGGGCGUGGCCACCUCCCAACCCAGUGACCUCUCCAGCUGGCCCUUCCUUAGGGGGAGGGGACUCCAGCCUCACUCUCUGGCCCACCCACCCCUCUGCCCAAGCCCUUGCUCUCCUCAGUCAAGAUCCUCAAGGGACCACCUCACCCUGGAAUAGAGACAGAUCCUCAGGUAUUUAAUGGUCUAGCCCCAGCCCCAGUCUUGGCCCAGAACCAACAUCUGCUGGGCAUAGGGGAACUGGUUUUUGCCCCAAGGUGCAGGGUGAAGGGAGGGGGGCUGGGUUCUGCUUUGAAAUUCUGUUCUUCUGGGAUUGUGCUUUAUAGGAUGUGGUCCUACAGACCCCAGUUAACAGGCCAAAUUGGAUCUGUCCUUCACUGAGGACCCAGAACCCUUAAGGGUGGUCUGUGCCCUACCCCCACAACUCUACCUGGCCCCUCCAGCCCCAGCCUUUGGAGUGUUCACUCAGUCCUUUCUUCAGCUAAUGUUUAUUGAGCACCUAUUCAAGGCCAGGCACCCCUAGGUGCUAAGGCUAUGGUAGUUUACAAGACACAUUCUGGCCCUCUGGCAGCUCAUAGGGUAGUGGUCAGGGUCUCAGACAGGGACACUGAGCUCAGGUGAGGAGAGCGUAUAGUAAGGCUGGUUAGUUUGAGAGGAACAGUUAAAUCUUUCUGGUCAGUUCCACACAGCGCUGCAGAAGGAUGAAAGGAAAAGUAUUUGGAAAUCUAGGAGCCACGUCAGUGGGGAUUUUAAGAAAAAUUGAAAUUGAUAUUUUUUAACACCCUUUAAAAGAGCUAAACUCAUUUUAUUAAUUGAGGAUAUUAAAACAUACUUUAUAUUACUUGGUUUCCUGUAAAAUGAUUAAAUGAAUAUGGAAAGUGCUAAUUUUCAGGGGGUAAAAAAGAGCUUAGAAAAAAGAGAGGAAAAAUAUCACCCAGCUUGCCAGAUGACACGUUUUCUUAUCAGGCUAAGUCCUGAACUGUCACUGUCAGCAGCUGCUGUUGCUUCCUUUUAAAUGAUCUUUUUUUCAAUUCAGUGAGCGACUCUCUACUUAAUGCUGGUUAGGUGCUGACUUCAGUAACAGAGAACAUAAGGCUUGCCAAGAGUGAGACGAGUGUGGUUCCCACAUCUGGAUUUGGUCUAGUUUAAGGAUGGACUUUGGUCUUUCACUGCUACAGAAGCAGAAGGAGCUAGAAGAAGAGGACCAGCCGGCCACUGUUUAGGCUGCCAGGCUGCAUUUAUGGACUAAAUGCCUAAACAUGUGCCGGGCAUGCUCCAUUUGAAAGGCUUUUUCUAACUCCCAGUCCUGAAUCUGCCAGGUAAUUUGUCAUCUUCCAAGUACACUGGCUUUGCUUUUCAAUGUCUGCUUUCCAAUUUUGGAUCAGUGAGCUCUACAGCUGCAUGCUUUGACUGCCAGAAAAUUAAUCUUGCUUCUUCAUCAAGUCUUUCACUUUACUUUCUCCUGUACUUAUAAUCAGAAAUUAGCUUUGAUGUGCAGUGACAGUGGAUUUCCUCUUGAACUGCUGGUGAAAACAGUCUAGUUCACAGGUGCUGUCAACCCCGUGUGGGAGCAGGGAAUGAUUGCUGGGAAUGAUUCCCUUCAGGAAAGGGAUGCAGCAUACCUCUUACUUCUGAGUGUUCACCUGUCCUCCCUCUCUGCAGAUGGAAACUCUUGGGGAAGCUGACUUUUUCCCUCAAACUCUGCUAAACCUUCCUUCUUGCUGCCCUUGGAGACAGCAAGUCCACUGAGCUGUCACCCUCUUUUUAUCCUUCUGCCUAUGACCAGCCGCAUGGUCAGGCUGGGGAAUUCACAUCCUUGGGCAGUAACCAGCAAGUUUUUAUCCAGUAAUGCCUCAAGGGAUGUUCCAUCACUCUCAGGAGCUGGCCGUUCAGUCUGUUUUAUGCUGUCAGUCAGCACCAGAGAUAUAUAGGACUCUACGGCCCAGCUCAGCUUAGACUUCCAGUGGAAGGCUUUUUACAAAGUGGGGUUCCUAUCCCCCAAAUGUUGACUCUAACCUAAUUCACAGUCACACAGAACUUAAUGCUUUAAAUCCUGCCAUUGACCCCAUCUCAUUCUAUCCUCACAGCCUAGGGAAAUAGGAUUUUUCAUUCCAUUUCUCCAUCUUGGAAACUGAGGCACAGAGGGCGCUCCCAGCGCAUGAGCACAGCCAGGAGGUGGCACAGUGCCCAGACCUGAGCCCAGGGCACCAUGAGGGUUUCUUCCCUUCAUAGCCUCUUCCCUGCUCACUCCUCUGACUCUGAGUGGUACAGAGGUUGACUGUAAAGAAAACUAAGUUGGUUUUGGUCCUUUACAAGCUUCCUGCUAAGAACUGUCUGAGGCUGUGGUCUUCCAAAAAGAAAUAGGAGCUUGAUUGAAAGCCCCACAUUUUCAAACAUCUUAUUUUCUAUUUCUGGGCAGCUCUGCUAACAGGUCAGUGUUGUCUUAGGAGCAUCUGACUCAACCUUGGAAGCAUCUUGCAGUAUCUUUGCUCCUUCCUCCCUAAGGGAACUGUUUCUCUCUCUCUCUCUCUUUCUUUCUAACUAGUGGGUAAAUCCUACUCAUGAAAGCAUGUUUGAUCACUCCAAGCUUCUGGACACAUACCAUGGGUGAUAUUUGCUGUUCAGGUCAAAGGUUCUCAGCGAUCCCAGCAGGGUGAACACAUAAUGUCAGGCUGGGAACUGAGACCCCCAUCUUGCUCAUGGGAGGAGCCACAGGCAGGCCAGGCUUUGCUCCCACAUGCUCUUGGGUGUCCUGGGGACUGUGUGCUUGGGAAUUCCCGUGGUAGAGCACCAACCCUGCCUUGAGAAGAGAGGGAGUCCUCCUAUCCCUGCCCCAGCAAAGAGGGACUUGCCACAGAGCACAGAGUUAGCAGAGACUGAAGUGUGACUUGUAUAGACACUAAAACAUAUAGACAGUUAAAAUGUUGAUACAUGCAAACUCUCCCUUGAAGUUCUGUAUCUUUUUGCAGCAACUUGUGAAUUACAAGGUCCCCAGUCUGCCUUCUAACUGUAUUCUGCCCUCAUUCAUCCUUUUGGGCUAAUUGAUGAGCCCCUUAUUUCUUUCCUUUAAAAAUCAUCACUGGGACUUUGUGGCAGUCCAGUGCUUACGAUUCUGUGCUCUGACUGCCAAGGAUCCGAGUUCAAUCCCUGAUUGGGGAACUAAAAUCCCACAAGCCAAGUGACUCAGCCAAAAAAAAAAAAUAUAUAUAUAAAUAUAUAUAUAUAAUUUUGAAGGGGAACUUCAGAUGUCUUUUGAGUUGUAGUCAAGAUUAUAUGACUUGCCUUUAAAUCAAAAGUUAAGAAAAAGGAAGCCCAUAAGCAAAGGCACUGAAGUUUUUCCUGACAAUAGCAUAGUCCCUUGAGGAAGAAAUUCAUCCUACUGCAGAGCAAGAGAGAAGGAGGAGAGGGGAGAGAAAGGAAAGAGAAGAGGCUGGGCAGGGGAGUAAGCUGACCCUGUAAAUACUUUUACACAAAAAUUUACUAAAACAACAACUAUUUCCUGAAGAUCCACCCUGGGUGAGGCUUUGCGCUGACUUUAGAGAUCACUGUGGGGGCAAGAAUACAUUGCUUACAUAUUUUAUUCAUCAGUUUUGAAAAAAACGUCAUUCGAAGCUGCAAUUGAAAAGUCUCAGAAAUAUGUGGAAUUUUCUUUCCAAAACUUUCAGGGUUUUCUUUUACUUUUUCCAGAGGGUGGGAGCAGGACUGGGCCGCCCAGGGCAUCUGGCCCUGCUUGCUUUGGUGGAGGCCUGGAGAAGUGAGGGGGAUGGGCUGGGUGGCAGAAGGGGGCCCUCCCAGCCCAUUCCCCAGCGUGGCCCCCUCUCUCCUGAUGCGCUGCUCCUGGCUGUGCCUGCAGUGACUGUCCUCACUGUUCGACCCUGUGCUGUGUGAUGUUUGGGUUUUUUCCACUGACAUUGAAUAAAAAGUGUGAUCGUG